AUGACGCCACACAAUGAUUACGAAAAUUGUAAUGAUCUGGAGUUAAAUGUGGAUAUGGUAAAUAUCGAGAAAAUGAAUGAAUCAGUAACAGUGUCAGACGAAAAUAAAACUUUCACAAUAUCAGAAAGUGAUUAUCGAGUGGAAAUGACGUUUAAUAUCGAAAGUGAACCAGCAAAGCCGAUUAGAGUCAGCAUAUCAAAUUGUCUUGAUCAUUCACCUGACCCUACAUGUCCACUCAUUGCUCUGAACAUCAACGAUUUUGAAGUCAUAGAAAAUAAAAUUUGGGUGUACAAGCCGAACGGUCGUCAGUUUACAAUUGAUGAGAUUGCAAUAUUUUCUAAUGACUCUGUUUAUGUCUGCUCUUUCUUUUCUCAAAACGGAACGCAUACAUAUGUAUCAACCAUAUUCAUUUAUGAUAAAACCUUGCAGAUUUUGAACGUCGUUGGAGUCUCUUGUUCACUCCUUGGUCUGUUUUUGACAUUUAUUAUACGUUGCAUUAAAAAAGACCUUCGGACUAUUUCUGGCAAAAUUGUAAUGAACAUUGCGGCGGCAUUGUUUUUGGCACAGCUUGGGACGUUGUUGGCAAAAACUUUAGUUGAAUCCAAACUAGGAUGUGUUGCUCUAGCUGCACUUUUACAUUAUCUGUGGUUGGUUGCAUUUAUGUGGAUGUUUAUAAUGUCAACAGUAUUGUUCAAAUCGUUCCGUUCUUUAAAAUCAGCUGUAGAGCAUCGCAGUGGAAAACAAUCCAUUACAAUGCCUUUCUUUUGUUGUUGGGGACUUCCAGUUUUGGUUGUCGCUGUCGCUAUGACUUUUCACAUUUGGGAAUACGCUCCUAUCAAAUUCUCAUACGGUGACAAAACAGUUUGUUGGAUACGCGAUGAGUUUGCUGCCUUCUUGUUCUUAGGUAUUCCCAUGGCAACGAUCCUUGCUUUAAAUAGCAUUAUGUUUGUCGUUAUAGUGUGCGGAAUCUACCAAACUAAAACGAGCUCAAAAACGAUGCGAGGAGCUUCUACAAAAAAAGAUAUUUCAACUAAUCUCAUCGUAUUUGCAAAGAUUUCAUGCAUUAUGGGAUUGACUUGGAUCUUUGGGUUUCUUGCUUCAUUUCUCGAUGAACCAUUCCUUUGUUGCUUUAGUAAUCCUACCCCACUUAAUAUUGAUUGGUCGGAUACAAAUGUCCGUGUCGGCGAUAACAACCAAGUUAAUGCUAUUAACUUUACUCCUGAUAUUGUAUAUAAAGCUAUUGGUAAUCGGGAAACAAAAGCAAUGCUCCUGGACCCGAUUUAA